GCCACCACCGCGUCACCGCCCGAACCCAAAAGCCCGCCCAAUGUCGUUGUUCAAUGCACGCGUCAUCUUUUUUAUUUUCUUGUCGUUCUCACCUUUACCUUAUUUUGUAAUUUUGUAUUCUCUGGACGAGACAUUUGCCCGUCGUAUGCUGUUGACUACUCAUCGCUCGAAAUAGUUUUCAAUUAUUCAUCUAUUCAUGUUUUACUAAAAAAUAUUAAGGCUCAUUAAUUGACUGCUUAUUGGUCUUCGUCUYUCAUACUCGCAAUUAUCAUAGUAAAUUAUAUAUAAAAAAAAUAAACAAUACCUUGUGCUAUUUUUUUUUUUACCUUUUUUAUUAGRCAGGGUAAUGUGUGCUGUGUAUUACAUGCGAGCAAUUUCCGAUUUUUUUUUUUAGUACUUUAUAUUAUUAUGAGUGGAAUACUACAUUCAUUGUAAAUCAACGAAAAUUUGACAUCUUCAUGAUUGCAGAAUACAUACUCAUUCAUCACAGUCAACUACAAUGAAUGACUCCAGUUCAUCUAACAUUGAUGGUGUUUUGAAAAGAAAAAGACAUAACUCUGAAGGUUAUUUACAUAAUGGUACUGUGUCUGGCAAGAGGAUGAAAAUUGACCAUAGUCCUGUUGAGCUCCCAAGUAUUUUAUCUAGAUCUAAAUUACAUAGUUCAUCACAGUCGUCACCAUCGGACGAUAGUGAGCAUCAAUAUUUUACUAAUUUACAAAGAAACUCCAGAGUACGAGCUGACUCUGAUCCAUUUCAAAUUAAUUCCGAAAAUAAUGAUUCCUUCCAACAAUUGUCUGUUGGUAAUAAUGGAAGUGUAGAACGACGGCCAUUAUCUGAGUUACAAGUUUUGUCUCCAGACUCUCAUUCAAUUUAUUCAGAUGAUAGGUCGGAAUCAGAAGCUAGUAGUCCAGCUCUCAGUGAACCUGCUCCAUUAUUAUCUGACAAUGAACUAAGCCCAGAUUGUAUUGAUAGUUCUGAACCUAAGAAAAAUAUUGAAAAUGAUCCACCUUCAUAUGUGCCUACUCCACGUUAUUCAACCAUUCAAGAAAGCGUGGGAAAUACUAUAGUUACUACUUGGAGCAAAUUCCGUGACAUGGCCAUCAACCAGAGACCUGUUGCAUUAAAUGACAGACCAUGUCCAUUGCCAGAAAUUCCUUGGGGGAAACGUGCAGAUUUUUGGCAGAUGAUAUGUAAUAGAGAUUCUGCUACAUUAACUUAUAGGAAUCCUGAUUACCAAGAUAGCCAUGAACAUAUAACACCUCGAAUGAGAGCUAUUCUUUUAGAUUGGUUAAUUGAGGUGUCAUCUGUUUAUAAGUUACAUCGAGAAACAUAUUAUUUAGCUAUGGAUUAUUUAGACCGAUAUUUAUCAAACAGUGAUUCUAUUCCUAAACAAAAAUUACAACUCAUUGGAAUCACUUGUCUAUUUAUGGCCGCUAAAAUGGAAGAAAUUUACCCUCCCAAACUGACUGAAUUUGCUUAUGUCACUGAUGGUGCAUGUACUGAUGAAGACCUGUUAGAUAUGGAGAAAAUUUUAUUAAUGCAUUUGCGUUUCCGUUUAACACCUGUUUCUAUAAACUAUUGGGUAGAAUUGAUGUUGCAAUUCAUUUGUGUUGAUGAUAGCACAGCUGAAGACAGUUUGAUUGUUCCACAAUUUCCUCAAAAUUUAUUCAAUCAGGUGGCUCAUCUUUUAGAUUUAGCUAGUCUAGAUUCAACUAGUUUACGAUACUCAUAUAGUGAAUUAGCGGCGUCUGCUCUUACUAUAGUACUAAAUAAAAAAAUUGCUCUAACCAUUUCCGGUUUAUCUGAAGGAAAUGUCUGUAAUUGUGUUGAAUGGAUGUCUGUAUAUUGGAGUGUAAUUCUUGAAGAAUACCAAUAUGAAGAAAUUGAUUUUGAAAAUGAUUCAGAACAAGUAGAUGGCACCCAUGUUAAACAACAACACUUAGUCAGCAUGGAUAUGUAUGAUUUAGCACAGAGUAGAUUUGAACUUAUCCAGUUAUCCCGAGUGAAAGGCCCAGUAACUCCAUCAAACUUAUUAACUCCGCCAUGGAGCGGCAAAAAAUAUCCUGUAACAGCUGAAGAGUGCAAACCCUCAUGUAGCUACAAAUGAUGCAUUUUAUACUGAUAACACCAACAGUAAGAUUUUUUAUUAAAACACGUGUCUUUGUAAUAGGUUACUGUAAUUCAGAUGUAUUCUAGUUUACUUUAUGUUUAUAAAUAUUUUAUUUUGAUCGAUAGAUUCUGUCUUGACGACUUAGAUUAUUUAAAUGUGCAAUAAUAAUCUAUUUUUAAAAAAUUAAGUACUGUUGGUAGUUAAUUAUAUUUACUCAUGCAAUUUGGAAAUCAGUAAUCAUACUGAAAAUGUUUAUCCUUCAAGUAAUUAACUGAUUUCUUGAAAGUGUAAAYUUAAAGUCAACAAUAUUGAUUGAACUAGUGUUCCUCAUUUUAAUGUUAUAUCAAAUUGCUGAAAAUUAAAAAACAAAAAAAAAAAUAAUACUUGGCCUUCAUGUCAAUGACAAAUUUAUGUAUCAAUUACUUUGUACAUUAUAUAUGAUUAUACUAAAUACUUAAUAUGCUCACGAGUAAUUAUAUUAAGAUUAUUAUUACAAAUGUAUUUUUACAAGUCAUUCCUUCAUAUUAAACAAUCUUAUAAUUUUGACUUUUUAUAUCAAA